AUGCGGCCAGAAACACAGCAGAUUGCCUCGGAAACAACGUCAGCAAGACUGUUCCAGUACAGCCCGUCGAAAGAGGGUAAAAAGGGCAAUGCGCCGUCAUCUUCUGGCGGAAGUGACCUUCUGAUCCCCUCCCCAAACACACCCUCACUCGAAAUGAAAGUGAGCUCAAUCAUUACGACGCAAGCGGCUCCUCAAAUGGCCAACGUUGCUACGCAGAUUGAAGGACCCCUAGCCUCUAUGGCUCCGUCUCUCUCUCUCUCUCAUUGUGCGUCGACACUUAUUUUGUGUCGUCGCGGAGAGGCGAGUUGUUGGCACUCGGACAUGCCAAUUCGACUGGGCGUGGCGACUGACGCGCGGCUACAGCUCACACUCGAGCAGAGUCUUUGGGGGAGUGAGGAAAGCAAGGUUAUGUGA